UUUAAAAUGUGUUUCUUAUCACAAAAACCUAGGUCAAUGGCGCAAGAAAAAGUGGUGAGCGACUGUGAUAGGUAUAUUUACCAACACAACUAUUCCAGUAUAAAUAAUGCGGCAAUUAGUUUAUUGUACAUAAUACAUAUAUUAUAAUAAAUACACCUAAGCGUAAAAAAGUUAUCAGUAGAUAUGUUUACUCGAAUUGGAAGUUCCGCGGUAAUCUGCGCAUCGCUCGGAAACGGAAUUUACGUUUCUAGUCGAACAACAUUUGUUUAUUUCAAGAGUUUGUUAUUCAAAUUUCGGGUUUCAGUGUAAAAUAUUAAUAAACUAAAGCAACAAAUAAAAAUAAUUCUCGAUAUGAAACAGGUCAAUAGAAUAACAAAUGAAUAUCAAUACAAAUGAACUUAGUUACGUAUGUAAUGGCUAUCGGUCCGCAGUAAAAUCGGAUGUCAGUGUAACGUGAGCAGGUUGUUCGAGUUAGCAGAUGCUGGCCGUGCCAGCCACCGCCGCCGCCGAUAGCGCUGGCUAGACGUACUAACAUGACGCAACAACAAAAAAAUCAUCUGCGUAAAACCUUGAUAAUUUUCCCCCGCACAUUGUACUACACUCGUUGCGAUUCUAUUACGCAUUAUGCGUGUGUACUGUUAAUUAUGAUUGUGGUUUAUUUUAACAGCAAUCCUUGCGGUAGUUAUUCGUACAAUUGUAAUUCAAGGAUUUCGUUGUUGGAAAUUAAUAUUUUUAGAUUUAUACCUAGUAUUUUUAAGUCUUGGUAGGGUACAUCAAAUAGGUUAACUACUGAAGGUUUUGACACUGGCAGGAUGAAAUAAAAACCAUCGGUGUAGUCAUCCCAGUCGAUGUUGGAUGGUGAGGGACAUGUGCGAGCGCGGAUCCGCCGAUAAUCGGCGAUCGUCGUUAUCGCGCGUCCGUCGCGCUGUCCGCCGCACCAGCUCGACCACACUCAUUCCGAACCCGGGACGCAGCACAGCCGCCUGCCUCUCGACACUCACUCGAUAUUCAAGCUCUGACAGUACUGUCCCAACUCUCAGUGCUUGGUGAAAUACUUGUGUGAAACUGGAGACGCUAUACGUUACAAUAAAACUGUCAACAUGUAUUGUGACGGCUCCGGACCGCUUCUGGAGGAUGCCCUCCUAAACGACCAGCUUCUCUUCGAGUACUCACCUGCGGAAAGUCUCAUAAACUUCGAGCUUCCACCCUUGGAUUCAGAUGGAGAUUGGCAACUCAGUGACUUAGAUCUAAAUUGUGACAGUUUUGUUAAUGGUGUUAGUGACUUAAACAAAAUCGAUUCUAAUAUCCUGGAUGGACCAUCUGCUUUCGAUUUUGCGGAUCUUGAUAAAAGCAUAAUAGAUGAAUAUCUUCUAGAAGCUUUGAGUAGUGACCUAUCUAAUGACUCACCACAUUCGCCACAAUCGAGUGCUGACUCGUCAUUUAGUGCUGAAUCUGUAUGUGCGCUUGAAACUCAUGACUAUGCAGCGGUGGACAAAAAUUGGCCGAACAAAACUCGACGGUACGAGAAGACCGAUGUGAAGGUCCGUUCGUAUGGCGAACCUAAGUUUUGCCCGGAGCUCGGCGCGUUUCGUUGUCCAGUGGAGGACUGCGGCAAGCCAUACGCGAAAGCUUCUCACUUACGCGCUCACCUGCGGCGUCACAGUGGCGAGAAGCCGUACCGGUGCACGUGGGGAGGGUGCUCGUGGCGGUUCGCACGCUCGGACGAGCUGGCGCGGCACCGCCGCAGCCACUCGGGCGACAAGCCGUACCGCUGCAGCGACUGCGGCAAGCGGUUCGCGCGCUCCGACCACCUGAGGAAGCACGGGCGCGUGCACGCGCGACGCGCCGCCGCUGCAGCCGCCGCCGCGCGCCGCGCCGCCGCAGCGCCUCACGCACACCGGAGGUCUACUCGGGGAAUUAUGCUUUUGUGAUUUCAUCUUAUGUAGGACUACUAAGCUGAGACUUUAAACGCCAAUGAGUUACGUGUAUUAAUUUUAUAGUUAUUUGAAAUAAGUAUUUUUUUUUAAUUAGAUUAAACAAGUUUAUUGUAGGUUUCCUAGAGGGAUGAUGUAUUUAUUUAUUCUCGAAGAAUAAAUAGGUAAUUUGCGGUCUAUGACUGCAGAAAGCUUAUAAAAGUAAUUAGGUCUAAGAAAACUAAUAUGUUUAAUUAUAAAUUACAUGAACCUUAUCCAUAAUAAUGUUAGAUACUAAAGAAAGUUAUGUUUUAUUUGUACUGUACUUACAUAAAUAAGUAGAUAGUUAAAAAUAAGAAGAAAAAUUGCGUGUUCGGAAAUUGAAAAUGUUACAAAUUAAAAGAAAGCUAACAAAUAUUUCGUUUCAUAUUUUAUCUGAAACGACUAAUCUGCCAUAUUUACUGAAGGUCUAACGUUUGUCCGUAAGAACCAGGCUAUAUCUCAUGAAUCAUUAUAGCUAAAGCGUUGAAAAUUACACAGAAAUACAGAUAGAGGCGACAAAUAAAUUUGUGGACCCUGA